GAAUCGCUCUUCGACCGCGCCACGUGCACUUCACGUGAGAGGACUUGUCGAAAACGGUGCGUGUAAGACCGGUGGCUUCCUUGCGUCGAGUCUCCUUCCGCUCGCUCCUCGUAAACAUAGCGAUCGCAUGGCUCGCCUUCCUCGCAUCGGGGUGUCGGACUCGCUAGGCGACCGCGACGAUGGGCCCAUCCCACGUCUCAUGUUGCCUGCAGUACUCGUCCCUCCACCAUAGCAUACACGUUGAGCGCCGACAGACGUUGCGCGGAUGAAUUGCAGAGACAGAGAUUAUGGUGGCAGCGGCGGAUAAAUGACACAUGCCAUGAAACGUGACCGCAUUCGGCCCUGUAGUAAGUGUUUUGAUCGAGUUGGCACCUGGGUUCUCUUGUGCUGCGUGAAUAAUCACCGCAAGCGACUCCAAACGCUUCAUCAAAUCGCCUCUUUGACCUUCGAGUGGUCGCGACGCCUCCACCGUGCUAACUAUCUCUAGAUAAACGCAGAGGCAGAGCAAAUGCGGCGUCUUGUGUAUGCGGAACCGAUGCCGUCAGGUCGACUUGGAACGUGCACCAGAGUUUGAUGUCAAGUGCGUACAUGAUGUUGCCCUUGCGGAUCGUCAAGAUGCCAUUCAUGGCAGCGGACAUGCGAUCCAUGUAAUACAUGUCCUCGUGGAUCCAGCCGUCGGUUGAAAACAUGUACUUGGCGCCGGCGUAGAGGAAGACCGACUUGAACUGCGUCUUGACGGGUUUCUCAAAGAGUUGCCGGGUGACUGUGUAGCAGAGGACAUUCGAGAUUAGCACGAUCGCCACCAACACAGCAAACCGCAUCGGCUGGCCGAUGGCGAGGUUGCCGCUCGUACACACGACUUGAAAGUCCACUUGGGCGAGGCGGCACUGCUUGUCGAUCACCAUCGAGUGCGUCAUCGGAAACGCGACCGAAAUGCUCGCCAUGAUGGCCCACACGAGAAAACUGUUGAUGGCUGCGUAGUACGACGUGUACUCGCGGGUCAGGACUAGCGCCACGUCGUUUACGACCGCUGCGAGCCACGUGAUCUCGUUGGCUGCCAGGAACGUUUUCACCAGCGACAGCUGCAUCGAUUCAAAGUACGUGACAAACCCCGAGUAGCGCAGUUCGAGGGUGGCCGUCGAAAGCAAGCCGAGGGCAGUGACGCUUCGGAGAAACAAGAACGGCCGACCAAUCCACACGAUCGCCCCGACGCGCUGCAACUUGUACAAAUUCAGUGCUUCGACGUGGCCUCGGCACAGCACAACGUACACGAGCAGCAGCACCGCGAUGAAGAGAAACGUGGACGUGAUGUACCACACGGCACUGCGGAGGUACACAGCAAAGUUGACGGGAAAUUGCGCGCGGUUGACUUGCUGUGUUUGCGUCAGCGCGUAUUCGGUGAUGAGCGUGAUAUUGGCCACGUCCCCGGCAAAGGUCACGACUUCUCGGAACCCGAGAGCCCAAUCCACGAGGAAUAUCCACGAAAAGAAGGCAAAGCUCUUGUCAAGCGGGUCCAACAACCGAGCUCGGAAAAUCGAGAUGGGUCCGUCUGUCUUACCAAAUUGGAAAAUCUCAAUCGGCAAGCUUGCCACUUCCGCGGUCGCAUUCGUGGACAUGUCAACCAUGCGCUGCCCAAGAAGCGGAGCGACGUACGUGUUUGUAAACGUGAUAGUCGCGUUGAGAAGCGCAGGGCACGCUGAGUCCAACUGUACGAGUCGACACGUAUCGUCGAUCGAUUGCGGCGAUGCCACCACGAGCUGGGACAGGAUGGCCGCUGCAACUGUACUCUUGCGAAGGAACGGGAUCAUCGCGGCCAUUGCAAUCGAAGUGCACUGCUUGCUCAACGAUGUAAGGCUCAAGAUUCCGUGGGCCACCUGGCUCGCCCCGACGUCUGGACACAGGAUGCUUCCCCCCACCGUGUCAAAGUUCAAAUCCGCCCACAGCUGUGGCACCGGGUCUAGCAAAAACAUGCCAUCCUCAAUACUAAAGUACGAGUCUUGUGCUGCGACGCUGCGCCAUAGACUCUGUCGCAAUGUCGAGAAUAUUGCGUGCACAACUCGUUUGAAGCCAUGGGGGCACGGAAUGUGGAACGCAUCGAUGGAUCCGAACGGGCCGAGCGCGGUCUGGACAAGUCGAAACGUCGCAGGCAACGGGCUGACCAGGGUGCCUUUCACAAGCAAAAGCGAUUCCAUGGAAGUGUUGGCGAAGCGGUGCGAUGCGCUGGACCGGACAAGGCUCGCCCCAGCCACGUCGCUCGCGUUGAACGGGGCCACCGCCGCGAAAUCGUUGGCAAGCGCCCAGUAGAACUUUAACGUGGACUCUCGGUCCAGACGAAAUGCGGAAAACGACGUCUCCAAGCUCAACGGGUACGCAAUGCCGUACACGUUGCUGACCGAGUACUCGUUGACGAGCCCGAUGGUUUUGAAGUUUUGCCACUGCGUUGUAAAGUGCCGCACGCCAUGGGCUUGCCA